AUGUCAUUUGAGAAUUUAUCAACGGAAUCAACUCGAAACCUACUCCUUUUACAAAAACCAUUAUUAGAUAAAUUAAAUUUGAAAAUAUACAAUGAAUUGAAAGCUUCGACGUACAAAUCUUGUGAACAAAUGGUAAACAUUCUUCUUGAUCCAAAGAAUUAUUACAUUGAACAAUUAAAAGAUUUGUACAAACAAUGUCUUGGUCGACUAGAACUAGAUCAAAUUGAACCAAUGGAAUAUCGCUCAAAACUCUGUCUGAUCAAAGUUAUGAUAUUAAAAUUAGAAAACAAACCGACUGAAUCAUUACAAAUGAUCCAUUAUGCAUUAUUGUACCAUCCAUACGAUGAACUCAUUAACAGUUUAAUUAUAUUCAUCAAUCAUUCACAAUUUCAUUCAACAUUACGAGCAGCAUUAAUUAAUGACAUCAAAUAUAAUUCGCUGAAUUUAGUAAAUUUUAAUGUGCCUACCAUAUCGAUGAAUUUGACUUUUUUGAAACAAACAGAUCGGUUACGAAUGUUGAAAAAAUAUGAAAAAGCUAUUGUUAAGCGUAUGUCUGAAAAAGAUCCAUUACAAGCAGCCAUGUCUUAUAUUGAUUUGAAUAUGGCUGUAACUGGUGAUCCAACUUCGUAUGCAUCUAAUUUGAUAUUAGCUUGUUUGUAUUUAUAUAAAGCAAUGACUCUUCCGAAUAAACAUCUAUCAGAAAUAUAUGCUUAUCGUUCAAUUCUAUUUGAUAUAUCGGUACAACUAUUUUUAUUAACACGACAUUAUUUACCAUUAUAUGCUCAAAUGUAUUUAUAUAAAAUAUUAUAUACAUUGAUUUUACGUUCUAAUGAAUUAUUUAAACAUCGUUUUUCAGAUGAUAAAUCUAAUAUUUCAAAUAGAAGACCAAAGAAUGAACUGAUCAUCAAUGAUUAUCAAGAAACAUUGAUUGAAGAAAUAGCUAAAAGUAUCGUACAAAUUUCAAAAGUAACACCAUUUACUCAUUUACCUACUGCAACAGCAUACGAUUUGGUUUAUAUGAAUUAUGCUGGAAAUGAAUUUUUAGCAACCUAUUUAAAACAAAUGUCUUGUCGAAGCUCAAUGUAUCAAUAUUACUUCUUUGAAGGUAUUUGGAAAGGUUGGAUACGAAAUGAAGAUUUCGAUGAGGAACGUUUUCAAUCUAUAAAUGCUUUUUUAAAUGAUCGUAACUUCAAUAUAGCUGAUGUUGAAGAUUUACUCAACUGGUCACUUUUACCAAGAACAGUCGAUGGAUGGUUAUGGAGUGGGAAACAUCGGUUACAAUUAAGAGAGCCAGCAUAUUCAAAAGUGGUUGGUAUAACAUUGAACAAUGAUACAGGCGAUAUUGAAUUUUUGUUCACUCAAGCAAGUAAUAACGAACAUAAUCUAUUUGAUAUGCAUGAUGUUGUUGAUAUUCUAACAAAUGGUAUAACAAGUGCAUUUUUCACAUUGGAUCCACCUGAUAAUAACUAUCAUUCGCAUCCAUUUAAUGAAAUGAAGUAUUUACCUAAACGCUUGUCACUUGCUACUAAUUAUCUACAAACAUUGUUACAUGCUGAUUAUUUACUGAAAAUGAUCUCGACGAAUACGGAAGUGUGUUCACAAAAUCCAUUUGAAAUGCGUCCAUCUGAUAGUGGUUUCAUGCUUCGUUUACCAUCACACAUUCGUAAUGAAUUUAAAUCAAUUAUUGAACAAAAACAUCAAAAUCUUAUUGGUGAUAAUAUUCAUCGAUUUUGGAUUCAAGCCGGUACUGUUUCAUUUCAACAAACAUUUCAUCGUGGCUUCUUUGGUUUUGGACGUAUCAAUGAAAAUAUUCAAAAAUUUUACAUUGCCGAUGAUUUGAAAAUGUCCGUUCGAAAGCAUCGAAUGAAAUAUGAUGAAAAAGGAAAUUUAAUUGAUGAUACGAAUGACAUUGAAAAUGAUCAUUCAGCUGAAGCUCAAUUCACUAAACUUUUUACAAAAUAUUAUGAUGAGAUAGGAGAAUAUUUUCCUGAAUUGUUACGUUUAAAAGAGCUCUUAAAACUUGGUGCUCUAUCAUUAUUUAUUCAGGCACAAUAUGAACGAAUGAAAGAUUAUAUACACACUAUACAAAGUGAUACAUCAAUAGACGAACAUUUGAAAAAAAUAAAAGCUCGUAUUGGUCGAUAUCCAACAGGUUAUGAUAAGACUGAUGAAGAAGUCGUCAGCACAUUAUUGAAUAAACUUUCUAGUGAGUUUUUCUGUAAGAAAAGUGAAUUAAGACCAUAUGUUAUUGAUUAUUUAACAUAUCGUGAUUGUCAGCAUGAAUUAACCGGGUUCAUCAAAAAAUCAUUAAUAGAACACAAAACAAAAUUGAAAAGGACAAUUGAUAAGAUGAAAAUUUAUAUUCUGUCUAAUGAAUCGCCAGAGAACGAUGCUAAAGGUUUAGGUAAUGAUCCAUCGAGAUGUGCCUGGGUACCUGCCAUUUUUUCAAAUAGUGAAAUUAAUUAUGUAAGAGUAUAUGGUGGUGUUAAUAAUACACUAGAUGUGCAUCAGGUCGAUAAUAUCAGUCUACCCAAAUCGAUCAAAACAGUCAAAGCUGAGAAAUCAUUUGAGAAAGUAAACAAAGUGCGUCAACAAGAACAACAAUUCAAUAGAAAUCAAUCACAGAAAAUUUCUGCUUCUGCAAACAACUCUGGAAGCCGAACACGUCCAGAAAAUAACCAAGCAACUUCAGGGGGAAGUGGGGAUAAAAAUAGAAACAACAAUAAUCAAAGAGAAAGAGAAAAACCACCAAAAAAAGAAUCUAGUGUAAAUCAAUUCGCUCGACUCGUUAAAACUGGUGGAGCACCAAAGCAAAUUGAUCGCAUCGAUGCGGGCAAUCCGGAUCGCGGUGAAAAGCCUCAUGUCCACUUCAAAGGUGGAGGUGCACUCAACAAAGAUGGUACAUGGAAACAUAAACCAAGCGAUGGCUCUGAAAACAAGAUAUUCACAAAAGAAUUGAAAAACAUAUUGCGUAACUAUGGCUGGAUGUUACCUAAUGGUGUUGACUCCUAA